GUACAAAUCACUAGUCAAGUCAUUACCGGUUCAAGUCGGGUUCUAAUAUGGUCAUAAGCAUAUACCUUCUACUAGUAUAAUCAGUUAAUCACCACUAUCAUCUUCCAGGGUAGGCUUGGAAAAGCAAACCCAUUUCUUUUUGCCAUUAAACUGCUGAGUAUUAUUUCAACUUCUCCGACGAUCCACCACCACCUGCAACAAUGGCGGCAACUGCCACCACAGCGCACGUUAGCAUCAAUCGCAGCUUCUCGAAUUCAAUUCCAUUCAAUCAAACCAAACGUGCGCCGAGGUGCGCAUUAUCCCCCCAAAACUUGAAGGAAAGCAGACGAGUUGUCUCCAUUUCUCUCCUUCUUCUCCACUCUUUCUCAUCUCUUCCUCCUAAUUCAAUUGCAGGCGGUCUCUUUGAUAGAUACGUGAAGAAGAAAAAGCUUGAACCUUUGGAGUCCUAUGUGCCUGCAGUAAUACUGACUCAGUUGCAAAUUAAAGAAAUAGAGAAAAGCCUAGAAGUUGAUCAGCCUCAAUAUGCCUUCUACAGAUCAUUUCUACGGUCUGGUCCUGCUGCUUCAUUCCGGUCAAAUAUACGAGCUGUUGCAGAGUAUGCCUCUGAUGGUGGAAGGGGGAAGACUGCCUCUGAUGAUGUUGAUCGGUGUCUCAGAGCUGUGGAUGAACUUGAUUCUUUGCUCCUACGCGCUUCAAGAAAUAACGGGGAAGCAUCAGCCAAGUUGAUGAAAGAAAAAAUUAGCACUGCUGUGAAUGCAUUGGAUAGCCUUCUCCAAACAGUUCCCACUGACGUGCUUGAUAAAUCGAAAGCAAUUGCUGAUUCCUAUCGGAACCCAGACAGCAAUGAGGUGCCUGAAGAGUUGGAUCAGGAUUUGAAAGAAUUGCAAUCAAUAUUGUGAUACUUCCCACCCCCAGAUAAACUUAUAACAUGUAGAUAGACCGUAAGUCCCAAAUGAAAGGAUAAAUUUCCCUUUUCAUUAUGUAAAUUUGUUUUUGUACUGAAAUCUUUGAGAUGUGAUGUUAUACGACACUUUGACAUAACUAGUUAUACAGAAAUUGGUUUGUGAUA